GCUUCGUUCGUUGCUCUGCGUCAAAAACCGCAUAAAACCUCUCUCACGAGAAGCCAUUUCUUCGAGCUCUCGAAACUGCAUAUAUCAGUUCCAAUGGCGGCGAGGAAUUCUCUACUGAAGUAUAUUAGGGUUCACGUACAGGCCCUGCCCAAAUCCAACACCCCCAUUCUCUAUGUCCACCCCUUCAAUGCGAUUCGACGCCGUCUCUUCUCCGAGGAGGUGAGGGGUUCUUUUCUUGACAAAUCGGAAGUCGCUGACCGCGUCAUUUCCGUUGUCAAGAAAUUUCAGAAAGUCGAUCCUUGCAAGGUUACUCCAACGGCCCAUUUUCAAAAUGAUUUAGGAUUGGACAGUUUAGAUACUGUGGAGGUUGUGAUGGCUCUUGAAGAAGAGUUCCGUUUUGAAAUUCCUGAUAAUGAAUCAGACAAAAUCAAUGCUAUCAAUCUUGCUGUUGAUUUUAUUGCCUCUCACCCUCAAGCAAAAUAGACGAAAGCUGCACGUGCUUUCACUCGGGUUUCUCCUAUCUUGACGAGAUAUUAGGUACCGUUAGAUUUCCCUUAUUUAUCCCACUGUAUUUUUAUUUCGCUCGAAACUGGGUUGAGCCAGCUUCAAGCUGCAUAAGUUGAGGCAAACUGUUAUUGGCUAAAAUGGAUCAACUGAGCCUAUAUUUCAAUAAUGAUUUGAUGAGAUUCUCCCGUUAACUUA